GCCCUCGGAGAUAUUAAGUGUACCAGCAUACCCUUACGAUCUUCACCUUCAACUCAUUAUUGCCAUUAUGAUUUCUACCGCGUUAACUGUUGUGUCCAAAGCGGACAACGUCUCUUUUGGCCUCGUUGCAUUAACUGUCUGCUCGUCGACCAUCGGGCUCGUUCUAGCCUCUGACGCAGUUGCCAAAGAAUUCCUGAGCAACGCCAAACGUAGACCCCUUCCGAAGGACGAUCCCGCCGACCCCAAUCCGCCGUCCAUGAACGAUAAAGCCCACCCCAAUUCACCAUCCGUAAACGAUUCCAAUGACCCCAUCGACUCACGAUCCGCGAACGAUAGCGCCGCCUCUGCUACAUCCAUAGUUAUCAAGCCUGUCGAAAAAUACCGUCAAUGUCCUUCAUCUCCAUCUUCCUUACGUGUAAUCGAAUCGACGGAAACAACAACCGCUCCUGCAACCACAUGCCAUUCUAUCCCCUGCAUUCUCGCUUCCUCGAACCUCUACUCCAAACGCCUAUCGAUUGAUUCGGACACCACUCUUGUACCUCAUAGUCACAACAUAGUAGUGCCUCCGCACAUCUACGAGGACGAUCGUUCUGAUGCACACCCUAGCCUGAGGAAAGAACGUGAUCCAGAACAGACUGCUACACACGCUGAUCAUCUCAUCGACAUCUCUAUCGCAAAAAUGGCAGCGCACACCCUCGACGAUGGUCCUUCUCGUUCAUCCAAGCUUCGGCCGCUCAUCUUAGUCGCCAACCGCCAGACGACAUCUACCGGUCCUGUCCUGUCUCUUCCUGCACCCGCCUACCCCAUGGACGCAUUGACGCGAAGUAUGAAGGCGCUCUCCCUCUCCGAUAAUCUGUCUUCCGCCCGGCUGAAGCCUCUGAUUCUGGUUACGAGGCGCGCCACUGGUCAAUCCAUGCUUCUCCCUCCUACUACUACUAGCACUGCACUUCGACUGAAGCCCCUACGAUAAUGCGGCGGCUUCCAGUCCCGCACACACAUCUACUCAGCCAAUACAUUUUCGACGUCGGAGGUCCCCUACGACCACAUCCGGACGACGCACCAAACCACGAUGGCCUCCUUCACUGUCCCCUACGACACGGAGCUUCACCGCCCAAGAAGUCGAAGGCCACUGUCAGUCCCAUCUAUGCAUGCACCGUGUUGCGAGUCUUCGACGCCAGAGGUCCCCUACGACCCAAUCCCGAUGACGCACUAAGCGGCCUCCUUCACUGUCCCCUACGACACGAAG